AUGAUUGUUCAAAAACCCUCUACAGAUAAUCCCAAACCUCGUGGUGCCUUUAUUGUCUUUGAGGGCGUCGAUCGUUGCGGAAAGACUACUCAAGUUGGAUUGCUCGUCAAACAUCUGAUGACGGCAGGAUUGGCGGCCAUGGCAAUGAACUUUCCCGAUCGAACCACCAUGGUCGGCGAUCUCAUCAAUCAAUAUUUGAAAUCGAAACAAGAACUGGACGAUCGAUCCGUCCAUUUGCUCUUUUCGGCCAAUCGAUGGGAGGCUGUCCCCAAGUUGGAAGAAACCCUGAGUGAAGGUACCACCAUUGUAUGCGAUCGGUAUGCGUAUUCGGGAGUUGCCUUUUCGUCAUCCAAACCCAAUUUGGCAACCGAAUUGGAGUGGUGCAAGUCAUGUGAUGUUGGAUUGCCAGCUCCAGAUGCUGUCAUCUUUUUGGAUAUCACACAAGAACAAGCUGAAAAACGAGGAGGGUUUGGAGACGAGCGUUACGAACAAAGCGAUAUGCAAAAGCAAGUUCGAAAACAAUUUGACAAACUGCAAAAAGAGGACGAAGCUGAUGGUAGAGUGCCUUGGCAUUUUGUCAAUGCAGCACAAACAGUGGAUGAAGUACAACACGAUAUUAAUAAGAUUGUCGAGAGUACGAUUUCGUCUGUCCAAGAAAGCAAAAAGCCAGUGGGCAAGCUAUGGAAGGCUGAAAAAUAA